UACAUAUGUUGCUGGUCAAAAUGAAUAAGAGGAAUAAGAAAAAUUAUUAUUACAGAAAAGUUAAAAAGAGAGAGCUGGAAGCUUGAAACUAUCCACCUUAGUGCCUUACAAUCCACGAUUCUUUUUUCUCCCCCACCAAAAAUCAGUAUAUAGGGGCUUCUGUUCCUCACCACCCUUUCCAUUUCUCCUAGUGGAAGCUUUUCUGUUCAUUUUUUCCUCUCCUUUUCUCUUCCUUUAGGCACUUUCUUGCUUACUUAUUGGGCUUUGAAUUUGCUUUUCAGGGGUCUAGAUUCUGUAGGAGGGGCUUUUAGAAUGGAAAACAUUUCUAGGAAGGAAGAUGAACAGAUGGAAUUGCCUCCAGGGUUUCGAUUCCACCCGACCGAUGAAGAGUUGAUAAUUCACUAUCUUUCCCAGAAAGUUCUCUAUCCUAAGUUCUAUGCUAUAGCCAUUGGUGAGGUUGAUUUGAACAAGUGUGAGCCUUGGGAUUUGCCUUGGAGGGCCAAAAUGGGUGAAAAAGAAUGGUAUUUUUUCUGUGUUAGGGACAGAAAAUACCCUACUGGUUUGAGAACAAACAGGGCUACCGGAGCUGGUUAUUGGAAAGCCACAGGCAAAGAUAAAGAGAUUUUCAAGGCUAAAACACUUGUUGGAAUGAAGAAAACCUUGGUUUUCUACAAAGGGAGAGCACCCAAAGGUGAAAAAACCAAUUGGAUCAUGCAUGAAUAUCGUUUAGAAGGGAAAUUUUCAGUAUACAGUCUCCCCAAAACAGCCAAGAACGAGUGGGUUAUUUGUAGAGUAUUUCAAAAGACCCCUGGUGGUAAAAAAAUGCAUAUUUCAGGAUUUACCAGGCUGAGUUCCUAUGAGAACGGUUUGCCUCCAUUGAUGGAUUCUUCACCACACAAUAGCGAAACAAGAACUGGCGCUGGCGAGGCAUCUAACGCGACCUGGUUCUCCGAUCCCAUGGAGGACCAGAAAAUACCUGAAGAAAUGAUUGAUAGCUUCACCACUUGUCUUCUAGCUUCGUCAUCUUCGUCUGAUAUAUCCGCUACUUCAGUUUUUUUGUCUGAAGCCUCUCUGCAAAACUCUGCAUACAUCAACCAAAUCAUUGCAAACAUUGGAAACUUGCAAUACUCAGAUUCCUUUUGGAUGCAAGAUCAAUCUAUAUUGAAGACGUUGCUCGAAAGUCCUGGAGGGCGCUCGAAGCAGAAUUCAAAAGCAGAGUUCUCCCAGGAUUCAGUCCUAUCAAAUCCUGAAAUGAUUCAAGAUCCUUCAUGUUCUGCAGGACCAGUAGACCUUGGUUGCCUCUGGAGCUAUUAAAUUUGAAGAUAGAAAAAAAAAAGUCAUAAAAUUUAUGUGUAUAACGGUAGGCAAGUAAAUAAAAUGCUUGUGUUGUAAGAAGUUGGUUAUACUUUUUUUAGGUUUUGAUUGCCGAUCUUUAUUUAUGUCAUGGCCUCUUAAUUGUCAAACUUCUAUUAUACAAAACUAUUGUAAUUCUAGCCAUGUUAAUUAUAGUGCAUAAGCUUGAUUUAUUUAUUUUGAAUGUC